UGUUAGCUGCCGCUCCUCUGCCUCGUCGCGCUUGCGGUGGCCGCUGAAGUCCGCCACCAUCCUCCCCACGACGUGCUGCCCUGCACCCGCAGCCAUGUGCCGGACCCUGGCCGCCUUCCCGACAACCUGUCUGGAGAGAGCCAAAGAGUUCAAGACCCGGCUGGGGAUCUUGCUUCACAAAUCAGAGCUGGGCUCUGAUGCUGGGAGUGUUGGCAAGUUUGAAUGGGGCAGUAAACACAGCAAAGAGAGAAACUUCUCAGAAGAUGUGCUGGGGUGGAAAGAGUCAUUUGACUUGCUGCUGAGCAGUAAAAAUGGAGUGGCUGCCUUCCACACUUUCCUGAAGACAGAGUUCAGUGAGGAGAACCUGGAGUUCUGGCUGGCCUGUGAGGAGUUUAAGAAGAUCCGGUCGGCUACCAAGCUGGCCUCCCAGGCUCACCGGAUCUUUGAGGAAUUCAUCUGCAGCGAAGCCCCUAAAGAGGUGAACAUAGACCACGAGACCAGGGAGCUGACCAGGACGAAUCUGCAGGCUGCCAUGGCCACGUGCUUCGACGUGGCUCAGGGGAAGACACGUGCCCUGAUGGAGAAGGACUCCUAUCCACGCUUCCUGAAGUCACCCGCUUACCGGGACCUGGCUGCCCAAGCCUUGGCCACCUCUGCCUCUCCAUCCACCAGCAGGCCAGCUGAGCCCUUGCACACCUGAGCCUCAUGGCAGUGAGGAAGCCAGCUGGGAAGAGAGGUGGAGUCACCCAUCCCUGAGGCGGCCGCCCCUGUGUGGGAGGCAGGUUCUGCAAAGCAAGCGUGAGAGGACAGUGAAGGAAAAAGCCGUUCUGGCAGCCUGUUUUGGAAGCAAAACCCUUUCCUCCAGAUACUAUGGGACUGAAUUCCAUGCAUGAGAGGGCUCCCCCCACUUCUAGGACCUGUGGAUAAGGGCUGAAGAUGAGGGUUGUGUGGGGCUCUCUCGGGAGAAGAAUGGUGGUGUAAGAGUUAACAUUGGCUCCUGUCAUUCUCAGUGGGGCCGGAAAUAUUCCAGGGUAGUUGGGGAAACAUGUGAUAAAGGGAAACUGGAAAAUGAGAAAGAGGAAGAUAACCAGAUCAUCUGUUUUGCUUGUUGAACAGUUGACUCUGAUCGCAUCCUGUUUUCCUAAUUCCCAGACUGGCUUGGGCACAGAAGGGAGCGGUGGAUGUGGAGCCGUUCCGUCCUCCUCACCUGCCUCUGGGCUGCCCGAGGGUCCCUUAGCUUGUACUUCUCAACACCCCCGUGUCCAGCCCCACAGUCUUGUCAAGGCCAGGGGAUCAAUGUGAUGUUUGCCCCAAAUGAGAUUUUUAUACCUCAAAAACUAGCCUUUGAGCCCCUUCCAAGUCAGUAGAGAGCCCUGAAAAGAGGCCUUCUUGCUCAUGUGAAAUUGAUCUUGGUGCUCUUGGUGACCUCGUGCAGGUGGCCUCUGACCCUGCAUUUGCAGCAGGGUCCACCUUUGGGCAGGGCCUGCCCAGGGUCUCCUGCUGGGAUGUGCCCUCUUUUAGUUCUGUGCUGCCCUUGAACGUGGGGUCCAUGAGGGGAAAGGUGUGAGGCUCUUGGUGAGGGGCUAGUCCAGCUCUUAUACCCGUCAGUGUGGAACGAGGGAGAAAAGGAUGGUAAGAAGCAAAUCUCCUGGCAGUUCCCAAAAGUCCUGUUUAAAUCAAGCCAAUAUUUUUUGUGGGUUUGAGAACAGGGAAAAAGAGACACCCCAGGAUGGAAGGGGAGCCUCGUGUUUCUUUCCUGUGGAUGGGAGGUGCACUUACUGGGGUGUUAGGAGAAAUGGGGCAGGGACCAUGAUGACCCUUGGACAGACCAUAGAAGCUGGGGAGAGAGGCUGCUUGGAAGAGCAGGACUGGGGGAAAAUCAGAACCUGCUUGUCGCCUC